UGCGAAUCAUGCGAGUUCAGAGUUCACAAGAGAGGGUGUCCGCAAAAGAGGGCAUUUCCUCCUUCCCCUCCUUUACAACUGCUCGUGUUUCGCUUUCGCCCCUGUACCUGCCUGUACCUUUGGCAACGCUUUGAACCAUGUGAAGUCAGUGAAGCAAGUGAAGUCGCUGAGUGGUCAGUUGCUCAGUUUCAGUUUAGUCUAGGGAGAGGGAGGUUGUCAGUUUGUGCACUAGAAUCUCGAAAAGCUAUAGUAAUCGGGAUAAUACCAAUUAUACUAUUGCAGUUAACGCCAGAAAUCGCAAAUGGCAGCGUCUUCCAAGUCUGCGCUUUUCGUCUGUCGAGGAAACAUCUGCAGAUCUCCGAUUGCAGAGGCAGUCUUCCAACAUGUUGCCAAGGAAAGAGGAGUCCUGGCUGAGUGGAACAUCGACAGUGCAGGAACGGUCGACAAGCACGUAGGCAAUGCCCCAGACAGGAGAGCAAUCCAAUGCAUGAAGGACCACAACGUUGAAAUGGAUCAUCGGGCCAGGCAGGUCACACUCGACGACUUCCGAGACUUCCAGUACAUCUUCGCCAUGGACAACGCCAACAUGAAUUACCUGACAUGUUUGGCGCCAAAGAGCUCCAAGGCCAAAGUCGAGCUCCUUGGCAAAUACGAUCCCGAAGGCCAGAAAACCAUCCGUGACCCCUAUAAAGACAGUGGCAGCCAGGGCUUCGAAGAGGUGUACGCACAGUGCCUGAGCUGCUGCAACGGAUUCUUUGACCAGCUUAGCAGCUGAGCGCCACCCUGGGCCGUUCAACCCUGGGCCUCGCUGUCGUUGAUAAACCACUGCUUGUACAAGGUGCCCAGGCUGCCCGUCGACACAAGCAGCUGUUGACCUGUCAAAGUUCAAAUAAACAUUUUCUUGCAGGCCUGCACUCCA